AUGGGGCAUAUGUUCGGGCGCAGGAUCGCAGCGGUCCACAACCCCACGGACUGCAUGGGGGUCGACCUGCUGGAGUGCUGCGUCGGCAAGCUGUGGGACGACUGGUCGACGGACCCGCGGGAGGUGGCGAUCGAGCAGCUGAAGAGGGCGCUGGUGCUGGAGGGCAAGAGCAAAGUGGUGCUGAUCUGCCACUCGCAGGGGACCAUCAUCGCCAGCAACGUGCUGAGGGUCCUGAAUGAGGACCGCGACCUGACCGACAGGCACCUGGCCAAGCUAGAAGUCUACGCCUUCGCCAACUGUGCGCACCAGAUGGAGAAGGGCAGGAUCGGCCGCCUGGAGACGCUGUCCAACACCCUGGACACAGUUGCGAUGCUGGGAUCGUGCUGCCCCUACAAGGAGUGGCGGGACGUGGACGGGGAGACAAUCAACAUCGAGGGCCGCAAGUUCUUCGAGGAGGGCAAGCGGGGCCACAUGCUGGAGACGCACUACCUGCAGGGCCUGGAGCAAGGGGAGUACGCCGGGUCGAAGCUGCACGACUACCGGAAGGAAGCCAAGUCGAAGUCGACCUGA